UAUGGCGGCAGAUCUGCCGCUUUCUACUGAUAGAAACGAGAAAUAUCUUGUUUUGAACUGGUUUUCAACAAAAAAAUGCGAAACAAUUAACUAUUGUCCGUAUAUAUAUUUUUAAUAAAACGAAAUAAAAAUGCUUUUAACAUUAAAACCAGAUCACAAGAAACAUGUCUUGCUUCUUACAGAACACACGCCCCAAGUUUUGCAGGAUUUUUGCAAAUUGGCCCUAGAUUACUUACAAAAAGGACCAAACAUUAAAUUAUAUAAUGCAGCCGCCCAAAAAUUGGAGGUGGAAGCAAACAUAAUUAAGAAUUCAGUGGAAGGACUUGUUAAUUUGUUAUUGGAGAGUUGCAGAUACAAAUUGAGUUCUGAAGACUUUAGAGAUUCUGUAAUAGCUUUGGGGUUUUCAGAAGAUCAAGAAACAAUCUUAAGUAAAUUAUAUGAUGUUAAAAAAGAUGAAAUAUUAGAUACACUUACAAAUAUUGGAUUUAAAUUACCAGAAUAUCAUGAUAUGGAAUGGAGAUUUGAAAUACAGCUUGCAUCAAGAUCAUUAUUAAGACAAGUUGCUCCCCUAAUUACUUUGGAUUUGUCCAUAAAAAAUACAGACAAAGACGACAGUAUUGAACAUGUGUUGCUUCAAACAGACCCUAACAAUUUGCUACACAUUACACAGGAAUUAGAAGAGGCACUCCAAGAGGGUCAUAGUCAACAUAUUCGUAGACUUACAAGAAUGAUCAAAUGAUGUUUAUAGUGGUUGCAUUGUAUAAUUACAUUUCACACAAUA